AGUUUCACAGAGAAGGGAUGGAGUGUCAUACAAGAAGCAAUGGUAUGUGAGAGAAGCCACUCCCUCUGCUUGGCCAAGGUGUAUGGCAUUUCCCCGUUGCCAGGGAUGGGCUGAGCACAACCGGAGGGGAUGAAGAGCGUCCGGCGCUAUGGCUCCCGCGAGGCCUACCUGGAGGCCAUGGAGGAGGACCUGGCUGAGUGGCUGGGAGAACUCCACGGGGCCCACCUGGGGACUGGCCCAGCCUUCCUGGGGUCCCUGGAGACUGGCAUCCUCCUCUGCCAUCAUGCCAACCAGGCCACCAAGGAAGCUGCCCUCUUCAGCCAGGAGCAGCCCAAGGUGGCCAGCAAAGCCCCGCUACCGGCCAGAGGAACCAGCUGCAACCACGAAGCCCGGCCGGGGACCUUCCAGGCCAGGGACAACGUGGCCAACUUCAUCGGAUGGUGCCGCCGGGAGAUGCACAUCCCAGAGGUCCUGAUGUUCGAGACAGAGGACCUGGUCCUGAGGAAGAACGAGCGGCAGGUGGUGUUGUGCCUGCUGGAAGUGGCCCGUCGAGGUGCCCGCUUUGGCAUGAAGGCCCCAGCCUUGGUGCGGAUGGAGCAGGAGAUUGAGGAGGAGAUGCAGCAGGAUUUGGGCCCGGCACCCACCGAGGAGGAGAACCCCUUCCCCAAGGCCCAGAGGGAGCCUCAACACUUCCGGAAUCUGGACCAGAUGGUCCAGCAUCUGAUCAGCCGCUGUACUUGCCCCGUCCAGUUCUCCAUGGUCAAAGUCUCUGAAGGCAAAUACCGCGUGGGCGACUCCAGUACCCUCAUCUUCGUCAGGAUCCUGCGGAAACACGUCAUGGUCCGAGUCGGUGGAGGAUGGGAUACGUUGGAGCACUAUUUGGACAAACAUGACCCCUGCCGCUGCACCUCCCUCUCCCACAAACAGGUCUUGAGGAUGUCCAACCCCCAACGGACGCUUGCCAUGCCGGUCCAGCAUGAAAUCACAGCCCGACUGACCCCUCGGACAGAUAACAAACCCCAUGUGCCACAGCCGACGGCCCUCAUUGUCAGCCGGUCACAAAGCCCGCUGCCCCCAGUGGAGUGGAGGACCUACGUUUCCCCAGGUCUGGGAUCUGGGUGGAAGGUAGCCUCUGGACCUUCAGUGGACAACAUUGGCCUUGAUGACCGCAAGAAAGUGACAAGUAGGUCCAUCUCCCAAGACCACAUUGGACCUAGGAGGGCUUCUUCAUCCGACAGCCCAACGAAGCCUCUUCGAGCCUCCAACACACAAGAAAGAGUUCCUACACUCAACAGCCAGAGAAAAGAUUUCAUAACACAGCGGUCAACUUCUCCGGUCAAAACCCCAGUGCCCAAAAUGAAAGCUUUGGCCACAGGGAAAGUUAGUCGAACUAACUACAGGCCUCCAACUCCUAGUAAAAGUCUUCCUUGUUGUAGAAAUGGGACCCAAGGGCCAAACAAUAAGAAGGAAGAAGGGAAAACCAAUCUGGUGGAAGUAUCUGGAUCGAGGGCAGAGCCUGGAAUGGACGUGAUGGAUCUUGACAGGAAUAGAAGGAGUGAUCAGCGAGUCCCACAAAGGCUGCAAAGAGGUGUGCAAAAGAGUUAUGGGAGUAUUAUAGAGAAAAGAUGUGUCAAUACCCCUUUGCCAGUAAAUCUGGAGGAUGAAUGUUCACUGUAUCAAAGUCUGGAGGAGGAAAUCAUGGCCAAUGUCAAGGAGCUUGAGGACAACUUAGAAGGCAAUGAGUUAAAGACUGGCAAAGCUCUGGGACCUGAUGGCUUCAGUUUGGAGCAUAAGCAGGUCUGUGUCAAUGGGGAAAGGGUGCCUCGGAGCGGGGUCUAUGUGCCUGAAAGAGGGGCAAAAUGGCCACUGGUUGGGGGAUGCUAUGAGGAUGUGAUCCGGGAACUCUCAGUGGCACUGAAUCACGAACAGGUGAAGACGGGGAGACCUUUGAAGGAAAGGAAAUCCCCAAAUAUAGAGGAGAGCCUUGCCCCCAAAGACACUGAACCAAAGGAGGUGGGAAUCAAGGAGGCGGAGUUAAAUGGCAGUGCCUCAAUGUUCACCAACCCAAUUGCAUCGAAGGAGGCUGCCUUGACCCCAGAGAAACCCAAACGGUCCCUCAAGAAGCCGAAGCGAGUGCCAUCCAUAUACAAGCUCAAGCUGCGCCCCCAGAUCCGACCGCGGAAGGAUCACCGGCCAGAGAAGAGGCCCUCCAAGAUCCCCCGGCCGGUGGGACACCACUACAGGCAGCAGACGGGUCAGCAGAAGACCCUCGGCCCCAAAACCCUGAGCCAAGGUGACCGCUGGGAGAAAAACUGUUUGGGGAAUAUCAAGAAAGAUGGGGAGAUGGGGCUCCUGAAGAGCAAGGAGACCUGGGUCUGACUUUCCACGGAAAGCAAGACACUUUGACAAACUUUAGAACCAGGAACCUCACCAUCCUGGAUUAAGGAAAUAGGCGUUGUGUUUGAGUUCUGCGCUGAUUCAUUAAAAAAGGGGGAAUGUGCCUCCUUUUGCUCUUGCUCACCAUCCAAAACAUUGCUUUUUGAAGCUUGGCUUGCAGUCAUAGAACCCUAGAGUCAAGUCAGACGGGGGCUCCCAAAGCCCAUUCAGUCCAACCCUCUUCUGCCAGAAAGGCACCAUCCAAUCCCUCCCAACAGACAGCCACCCAACCUCUGUUGAAGAAAUUCCAGAGAAGGAAGGAGAUUCUGUCUGACUGUCAUGAAAAUGAG